CUCAAACGGACGAAUUACAUAAAAGAAUGAUACUCAUUGCAUGCAUUUAACAGUUGCAAUCAGAGCGUGAACCUAAACGAAUCAUCUGGAUCAAUCUCGUGUCGUUAAUAAAGUCUUUGUGUAUAAAUUCAGUAAAUCUAUUGGUUUGGUCCAAUCAAAUUAAAGAUGUCGUCGGCGUCAAUAAUUAAAUCAAUUUCACUGUUGAUUGUUGUGAUCGAUAUUUGCUUCGCUCAAAUCGUUAACUCACCGCUGACAUAUGUUGGUGAUCCACGCCAACCGCGUGUUUUAGCUCAGGGUCCACCAUUCCACGUCUCAGAUACAUCACAAAUCGCUCAUCCAGCUGUUGUUGAAAAUUCGAUUGCCGAAUCACAAUUGCCACCGGAGUUAUCAAAAUCCCAUCGAUUUUACAGCAAUCCACAAGUGGCCGCUGGACUAGCCAAUGAGUCAUGGCUCACGGAUAAAGAAGCACCGGUUUUUGAAAGAGAAGCUGACAAAAUUCCGGAUGUUCGUGAACAAGUAUUUAAAAUCUUCAAAAAUGCCGGAUUUCUGCAAAGACGACGGCGACGAUUUGUUCAAUUUCAAUAGAAAAAUAAAUCACAAUCUUGAAAUUUAAUAUCAUAAAAAGCAUUAAUCUAGACAUUAGAAAUUGUUGAUACAAUUUUUUUUUCAAAUAUUCUCCAUUAAGUAAAUGUAUUUAUUUUAUGUAAUGUAAAUAAAAAUAAAACAUGUCAAUUUAAAA